UGGCUGCUGGCCACGUGUUCUACAGUGCGAGGCGAGGAGGAGAUCGGGAGCUAUGGGGCGCAAGCUGGACCCGGCGCGGAAGGAGAAGCGGGGCCCUGGGCGCAAGGCCCGAAAGCAGCGCGGGGCCGAGGAGGAGCUCGCCGGGUUCCUGCCCCCCGACCCAGAUGACAGUGCAAAGAAGCUUUCCAGUCAUGCUCGACGAAGAGCUGCAAAGAGACGGAUCAAAUCUGCAAAAUUUCAAACAGACAAAAAGAUUCUUGCUCUCCAGAAGACUCAAGCUGCAGAAGAUCCAUUGUUGAAGGGAACAAAGAAGAAAACAGAACUGCAAGAUGGCCGUCAAGCUGGUUUCACUGAUGACAAUGCUUUAUGGCUUACUCCGUCUGCUUCUGGGAAAAAGAGAGCAAGAUCUGAAGAAACUAGGGAAGAUGAAAGCAGUGGUGAUGAGGGUCCUUGGGAGAGUGAUGGAGAUGAUGGAAGUGAGGAUGGAAUGGUAGAUGACUAUGGUGCUUUGUCUUCAAGUGAUGAAGCAGAGCUCCUGCCUAUAGAGCAAGCGGCCCAAAAAGACAAGCUGGAAGGGGAAGACUUCAGUGAGGAUGACAGUGAGGAUGAAGAGGAGACUCCACCACAGAAGCCGGAAGUGGUCACAGACAAAGAUGCUGGCCUGCAGCUCAAUGUAGAGACAGAUGAGCACUUUGUGCUCCCCAGUGGGCAGGAGAUAGAGAAAGAAGCUGCUCAACCCCCUGAUCUCCAGCUUAUUCAUCAGCGUAUAAAAGACAACAUAGAGGUACUUCAGGACUUCAGCACCAAGCGCGAGGAGGGGCAUUCACGGCAGGAUUAUCUGGCUCUUCUGCGUCGGGAUCUUGCUGCUUAUUAUUCUUACAGUGACUUCUUAAUUGGGAAGAUGAUGGAUCUUUUCCCACUAUCAGAGCUGGUAGAGUUCUUGGAGUCUAAUGAGGUUCCUCGGCCUGUAACCCUCCGCACUAACACGCUCAAGACACGGCGACGUGACCUGGCACAGGCCCUGAUAAAUCGUGGAGUAAAUCUUGAUCCUUUAGGAAAGUGGUCAAAAACUGGACUUGUUGUAUAUGAUUCCUCUGUACCUAUAGGUGCUACCCCAGAAUACUUGGCUGGCCAGUACAUGCUGCAAGGAGCAUCCAGCCUUCUCCCUGUCAUGGCUCUUGCCCCUCAGGAGAACGAGCGGAUCUUGGACAUGUGUUGUGCCCCAGGAGGCAAGACCAGCUACAUAGCCCAACUGAUGAAGAAUACUGGUGUGAUCCUGGCUAAUGACAGCAAUGCAGAGCGAUUGCACAGUGUGGUGGGAAACCUGCACCGCCUAGGUGUCACGAACACUGUUGUGAGCCACUGUGAUGGGCGCCAGUUUCCCAAGGUCCUGGGUGGAUUUGACAGGGUUCUGCUGGAUGCUCCAUGCAGUGGUACAGGUGUUAUUUCAAAGGACCCCACAGUUAAAACCAAUAAGGAUGAGAAAGACAUUUUACGCUGUGCUCACCUACAAAAGGAGCUGAUACUUAGUGCCAUUGACUCGGUUAAUGCUGCCUCAGAAACUGGGGGGUACAUUGUAUAUUGCACAUGUUCAGUCAUGGUGGAGGAAAAUGAAUGGGUUGUGGAUUAUGCCCUGAAGAAACGCAAUGUCCGCUUGGUGCCAACAGGCCUAGAUUUUGGUAAAGAAGGAUUCACCAGGUUUAAGGAGCGUCGUUUCCAUCCUUCUUUGAAAUCUACACGGCGUUUCUACCCUCAUACCCACAACAUGGAUGGCUUUUUUGUUGCUAAACUCAAGAAGUUUUCUAAUGCCAUUCCCAAGGCUGUGAAAGAUGAAGAGCCUAAUGGUGAGCCAGCGGUGCAGGCAGAGCAAGCAGACAUUGCUCCAGCAGCUGAGCCUUUACCUCAAGGGAGGAAACGCAUAGCCUUGAAAGCUGUUAAGAAACCAACAGCAAAACAGGAACUUUCUGCAGCAACAGAAGCGAAGGCACAAGCUAAAGGAGACCCAAAAGGAGAUAAGCAGAAGAAACUAUCCUUGGCCUCACGUCAGGGCUCCUUUCAGAAGCGGACCAGGCCCUCAAAGGCUGCUCGGCCCUCUCCUGGGGGUCUGAAGGCUCGACCAACCCCCAACAAGAAGCGCAAGCUGCACAGAAGCCACCAGUAGUUGGAGGGACUGAUUUGUUUGAUGAUUCUCUGACAUCUACAAGUCUGUUGGGAGAUCCCAUCCAGGACACUUGUCCUUGAGAGACACUUGCAGGGUUGGUGCUCAGGUUCUCUGACAUGGCUGGGGCUGACCCAGUUUUUUAAUUUACUUUUGGCCCUGCUUAAGGGCAGAGACUGUCAAGUUGAGACCUAUCAGGCAUUAAAAAAAUUUCCUACUUGGUCAUGUUCUU